ACGCCUGAAAAUCCCAGCACUUUGGGAGGCUGAGGCGGGCGGAUCACAAAGUCAGGAGUUGGAGAAAUAACUAUUACCUCAUUUGACUAUUUUUACACCUGUAAGGAAUGAAGCUCAGAGGUCACACAGGAAGAAGCCAGCACCCUUCGGUGUGGGAUUGAUGUGGAGGAUAGGCAUAUACAGAGAACACACAAGCAAAACACCAUGGUGCGGAUUUUGACAGAAAAGCUCUAUGAUUAGUAAUGAGUGUGAAUUCUUCAACAAAGUGAUCAAAACCAACUUCAGUCCUGCAUUCCUCUUCGCCAUCAGGAGUUUGGCGCCUCGAGACUGCCCAUUCCGCCGGCCAGCAAGCUUCUGGAAAGCAAAACUAGGAAGUUGCUUUCCAACAUAAAGUGGAGGUUUCAACACAGCAGACUUUAAGCAAGUUCAAGUGUGUCUGUAUUUGGUCGGGCUGAUAGGCUGGACUCCGGCCUUCCCAGCUCAGGUUAGCAGACUCCUCUGCCCUAGUGGGCGCUUAGCCUGCGACGGUAGCCUUAGAUGAUCUCUAACAAGCUUCUUUCUCCCCACCCCCGUUCAGUUGUUCCCAGGUCAAAUUCAAAAUGGCCGCAUCUCCUGCUGUCCUUCGAGCGUCCCGGCUGUACCCAUGGAGCCUGAAGAGUUGGGCGCAGUUGCUGAGGUCUCCACAGAUGAAGCAGGUUGGCCGGAUCAUUAGGGUUCCUGCUCGGAUGGCGGCGACGCUGAUCCUGGAGCCCGCCGGCCGCUGCUGCUGGGACGAGCCGGUGCGAAUCGCAGUGCGCGGCCUAGCUCCAGAGCAGCCGGUCACGCUGCGCGCGUCCCUGCGAGACGAGAAGGGCGCGCUUUUCCAGGCCCACGCGCGCUACCGCGCCGACGCCCACGGCGAGCUGGACCUGGAGCGCGCGCCCGCGCUGGGCGGCAGCUUCGCGGGGCUUGAGCCCAUGGGGCUGCUCUGGGCUUUGGAGCCCGAGAAACCCUUGCUGCGGCUGGUGAAGCGCGACGUGCGGACGCCUUUGGCGGUGGAGCUGGAGGUGCUGGAUGGCCACGACCCCGAGCCCGGGCGGCUGCUGUGCCGGGCGCGGCAGGAGCGCGACUUCCUCCCGCCAGGGGUGCGGCGCGAGCCGGUGCGCGCGGGCCGGGUGCGCGGGACUCUUUUCCUACCGCCAGGUGAGUCACCUCUGCUAAUUGUUCCCGUCUGCCCAACUCUGUUCCUGUGCUUUUCACUUUGUGUGUGCGUGCGUGUGUGUGUGUGUGUCGCCCCCCCGCCUCCCCCCUGCUCUUUUCACUUUGUUUGUGUCUCUCCCCCCACCCCACACCCCCGGACUAUAUUGCCCAGGCGGGUCGGGCAGCAGGGUGCGGUACUGCUUCCAGGCCAGGAAGCUGCGGCCCUGCUGCAGUGUCACAGGCAGCUCCCUGAGGAGGGGCGGCUGAAGCCCCGCAGGAGGCCGUCUAGAAGCUGCCAGCACACGGUAAAAGGUCCAGGAGUUGGGCUGCUUGGAGUUUCCAAAGGGGGUGAGCUCUGCCUUUCCAUGGCCUCUUUCCUGAAGGGCAUCACGGCUGCUGUCAUCAUCAACGGCUCUGUGGCCAAUGUUGGGGGAACCUUACACUACAAGGGUGAGACCUUGCCCCCUGUGGGCGUCAACAGAAAUCGCAUCAAGGUGACCAAAGAUGGCUAUGCAGACAUUGUGGAUGUCCUGAACAGCCCUUUGGAAGGACCUGACCAGAAGAGCUUCAUUCCUGUGGAAAGGGCAGAGAGCACCUUCCUGUUCCUGGUAGGUCAGGAUGACCACAACUGGAAGAGUGAGUUCUAUGCUAAUGAGGCCUGUAAACGCUUGCAGGCCCAUGGGAGGAGAAAGCCCCAGAUCAUCUGUUACGCAGGGGCGGGACACUAUAUUGAGCCUCCUUACUUCCCGCUGUGCCGGGCUUCCCUGCAUGCCUUGGUGGGCAGUGCUAUUGUCUUCGGAGGGGAGCCCAGGGCUCAUGCCAUGGCUCAGGUGGAUGCUUGGAAACAACUCCAGACUUUCUUCCACAAACACUUGGGUGGCCAAGAGGGGACAAUCCCAGCAAAACUGUAAUUUUUAUUUGAUCCUCUCUGUUGCUAAUCUCUCCUGGAAACAUCGGCCACAUUUAGUGUGUGUAUGUGUAUUCAUUCUUUUCUUUUUAAUAACUACUUAAAGUUUCUCCCCCUCAUUAUUAAAAUGAAUUUACCAGUAAGAAUGAGUUUUUAAGAUUUUUAUAAACUGUAUACUUGAUCAGUUUGGGAAGGGAGUAACUGUAGAAAACACAAGAAAUGGAAAAAGUCUCUUCUUCCUAUCUGAACACACAACUGAUAAGGCUUUAAUUCUGAAAGGAAAAGUGAGUAACAUCAAUUAACAGUGUCUGGUACAUAAAUGGAGUUCAAUAGUUAUUUGCUGAAUGUGUAUAAAUGAGCCAGGCGUGGUGGCUCACACCUGUAAUCCUAGCAC